ACAAGCAAAACGAAGCGACAGCGCGGGCUGUCAUAACGUGAACUGACAGUAGGAAUUGUAAAUUUCUCCUCGAAAAGAAAUGUUUUAAUGUCACAAUGGCUGUAAAUUGUGUCCGCAGUCGUCAUGUAAAUUACUGUUGUCUCGUUUAAUCAAAAGUCUCAGGAUGUAAAGCCACCAGUUAAUAACUUUUUCAAAAUGGAAUCACUCACCCCUUACACUGAGGUCCGUCUGAUGGUGGCCCAGUGCUUCCGGACACUCACUACAUCCACAGAUGACAAAGACAUUAUUGCUGCUCUUCAAACACUCCACUCUUACUUGGAUGAAGGACCCGAGAGCACACCCACUUCAGUUCAGCGGGCUGAAUUCAGAAGAGCUCACUACACCCGCACCCUUCAGUUCCUUGUCAGCAACAUCCAGGCAGACUGGUUGCACAAACUCACAGCAGCCCAGCGCACAGAGUUAUGGGGUGGCCUGUUCCUCCACGGACCUCCAGAGCAGGCUCUGCUGGUGCUGAUGGAGGGAAUAGGAGCGCUGAGACCCAGCACGAAUCUGGUUUACCUGGUCAGCAUCACUGAGAAGUUCCUUCAGAGUGGUCGCCUCGCUGACCUGCUGUGGUCAUACUGUCUGGAGGCAGCUCCCUCUGACUCCCCUCAGCUCCGAGAGACUCUCCUGGGGCGUAUAGUGGCGCUGCCGGACCUCACCGCCAACAGGUUACAUCCCAACAACAAGCCCCUCUUUCUUCCUCAGCAGUACUACCCGUUACUUGCCACAGAGAUGCUCACUGCCCUGGAGCGGACCUGCAAGGCCCUGAAAGAUGGAACAGACUGUUCCUUAACUUUUGUGGCUCAGACUCUAGGAAAAGUGUGUAUCCAGGGACAUAGCGAUGUUGUCCUGGCAGUUAUGGCUCCUCAGCUGUCUGCCUCCACACGCUCAGACAUGGUGUGGCAGAGGGUUUGCUGGAAGCUGCUGGAGAAUGUUCCACAGCGAUGGAUAGAGAGCGUACUCACUGGAUUGGUGCAGGCUGUCAGGGGGCCUGAGGCCUUGGGACGGAUUAUUGGGAAUCUAGUGUUAACAAAUAAAAAGGCCCAGUUUGUCAUCACUCAUAAACUGCUGUUACUACAGUAUAAGUAUAAAACUCAAGUCUUGAGAAUAGUUCUGGGUUACCUCGCAGCAGACAGAGAGCGAAGGCCACUACUAAUACAGGUGUUACGGUCUGUGUCCCAGGCCUGGGCUAACCCCAGUGCAGUGAAACACACACCUCUAGAGCAGCAGGUGUAUGUUAGCAAGGCCUUACUGCUGAGUGUGAGCCUGCUGAGAGACUCUGAGCUUCAGGAGCUACGCUCAGAGUUACUUCAGUGUAUGUUGGGUGGCAUGCAGAGCCACCUGGACAGCAGUGUGGUGCAUAUCAGGCGUUUGGGCAUGGUGGUGGGAGAGUGCCUGAGCUCUCGCAUGGAUAUCAAUGGAACUAAGCUCAAAUUUGAGUACGAUCAGGAUGAGGAAACUCAAGAGCUGCUUUCUCUCAUGACCCCUGUCACUAGUGAUGAACCAGAGCCUGAGCCUGUAGAAGGAGUUGAUCGUCCUCAAGAGACCAAUGAAGUGACUCCAUCUACUCAGAAUGUAACAUCUCAAAAUAAAUCAGGACCUCAGCCAAAAACUGAUCCAGAGUCUGACCUGGAUAGUGAUGAUGAGCUCACUCCGUACGAUAUGUCUGGAGAUCAGGAGAUCAGUCAAGCAUCCCCACCUCGCUACCUACGCGACUGUCUGGAAAAUUUAAUAUCGUCAGAGGACCCGAUGCGUGUGGAGCUCAGUUUGAGAGUUGCUGAGGGUUUGGUGAGGAAGAACGUUUUUGCAACCAGAGAAAUCAGUGUCCAGCUGACCAAAGUGCUUCUUCACAUGGAGGAUAAAUACAGCAUUAAUGGCUUCCUGAGUCUCAGACAGGCAACUAUGGUGGCUCUCACUGCCACUGACUGUAUCCCUGUGACUCAGUAUUUGACUGCAGAGUUUUACUCCUUGAACUACAGUCUUCGCCAGCGACUGGAUAUCUUGGAGGUCCUUGCUCUGGCAGCUCAGGAACUCUCUAAACCAAUCACUGAAAAGAGAGAUCCAUCCACUGGCACUGCUGCCAGUACUGAUUUGACUGCAUACCCUGGUGACAACCCUGUCCACUGGCGACAAGUAGUAGAGAAGCGGAUUCAAAGCAAGACCAAACGCCUCAGUAAGGGUCUCACACAACCUCCAGCUACGGCCACCCCUAACCGUUAUGCGCCAGUUGCCGGACACUUCUUUUUUCCACUGCUCAGGAAUUAUGACAAGCCUGAAGUGACCUUUGACCUGUUGGGCAGUGAUCACCUGGUACUGGGAAGGUUGAUCCACACCUUGGGUCUCUUCAUGCAUCUGGCAGUCAACGCACCGAUAGCUGCACAGAUGGGUCGGGCUUUGCUGGAUUUUGUGUGGGCAGUACGCUACCAUGUUGACCAGAUGGUGAGAAGAGGCGUCCUCUUCGCUGUCUGCUCUGUGUUUCUGAGCAUGCCCAGUCAAAACCUGCUGUUGGACCUCAGCGAUCAGCUGUUUGAGACCAGAACCUGGCUGGCAGAUGUGGCUGAAGGAGACCCAGAUUCAGAUUGCCGGAGUCUGGCAGUACAGAGUCUGGUGCUGCUGGAUAAGAGCCUGAAGAAACAGCUACAAGAUCCACAAACACUUAGUCUGGAAUCAUGAGCAUAGCAUCAAGAAUGAACAAUGAAAUACUGUAUGUCUCUGUGAUGUGGGGUCGGCUUUACCGUACCUCCACCUACGCACUGGCGUGCACAGAGCCUGGAGACUAGAGUUUGGAGGUCGAUGGAAAUGACGUGCCGGAUAUUUGCUGGCAGGGGGUCUGGCCUGGUGGUAAUGGAUGAUCCGGACACUGAAGGAUGUCGUUUCAGCUCAAGAGCUGCUUGUUGCAGGUGCUGCAGAAAAUUUUUCAUAUCCGGGAACACACAGUCAACCAGAGGAAAGAAGGGCGCACGUCAUCUCACACAUUUCUUAAUGUAUUUCUGCAUACCUAAAUCAUGCACACACACACACAUUUCAAUAUACUUAUUGUUUAGAUGCACAUAUUGUGUAUAAUUCAUGAAGCAGAUAAAAUAUUAAUUGAAUGGAGAAUAGAAUGCCAUUUUUGUCCACCAAUAAAAGGUACUUCAUGAGGA